UAUUAAGAAGGGUUAGGAUCUACUCCAUAGUGAAACAGAACUUGUUAAAACCUUUGGCCUCACCUAGGAACAAUUGUUUUUGUCUUCCCUUGAACAUAGUUUUUUGUCUUCAAUGGCCUUUCAGGAUCUCCUGGAUCAAGUUGGCAGCCUGGGGAGAUUCCAGAUCCUUCAGAUGACUUUAAUUUUUAUUUGCAAUGUCAUAGUAGCUCCUCAUUCUUUACUGGAGAACUUCACUGCAGCUGCACCCAGUCAUCGAUGCUGGGUCUCCAUCCUUGACAAUGACACUUUCUCUGAUAAUAAAAGUGGGAUCCUGAGCCAAGAUGACCUCCUGAGGAUCUCCAUCCCUCUGGACUCCAACCUGAGGCCAGACAAGUGUCAUCGUUUUGUCCAACCACAGUGGCAUCUCCUUCAUCUAAAUGGCACCUUCUCUGGUGUGGCAGAGCCAGAGAUAGAACCCUGUGUGGACGGCUGGGUGUAUGACAAAAGCACCUUCCUCUCCACCAUUGUGACUGAGUGGGACCUGGUGUGUGAAUCUCAGUCACUGGAUUCAAUAGUAAAGUUCCUAUUCUUGACUGGUAUGUUUGUAGGAAAUACCCUAUAUGGCCACUUAACAGACAGGUUUGGGAGGAAGCUGGUCUUCAGAUGUGCUUUAGUGCAACUGGCUGUCAGUGAAACCUGCGCGGCAUUUGCUCCCACAUUCCUCAUCUACUGCUCCCUGCGCUUCCUGGCGGGGAUCUCUCUCUCAUCCCUUCUGACAAACAGUAGCUUGCUCACGAUAGAAUGGAUAAAACCUAAAUUCCAAGCCACGGCCACAGCACUGUUAUUAUGUGCUGUGGCAAUUGGACAGCUCACUCUGGCAGGCCUGGCUUUUGCUAUUCAAAACUGGCACCACCUCCAGCUGGUGAUGUCUGUGCCAGUGUUUUUCCUGCUUAUACCCACCAGGUGGUUGUCAGAGUCAGCUCGGUGGCUGAUUGUGACCAACAAACCUCAAAAGAGCUUACAGGAGCUCAGAAGAGCUGCACAUAUGAAUGGAAUGAAGAGUUCUGGAGACACCCUAACCAUGGAGGUUGUGAUAAGCACCAUGAAGGAGGAGCUAGAGACCUCACAGACAAAAUCUUCUCCGUGGGACCUGUUCCGUACACCCAACAUGCGCAAGCGGAUGUGUCUCCUGUCCCUUGUGAGAUUUAUGACAUGGGUGUCUGUGUUUGGCCUGAUGUUCAACCUCCAGUACCUAAGGACUAAUGCCUUCCUAUCAGUGGGUCUUCAUGGUAUUAUCAGCAUUCCAGCCAAUUUACUUGGAAUAUUUUUAUUGAAUCACAUGGGCCGUAGAAUAAGUCAACUGUUUGUUAUAUCCCUGUUUGGAAUUUCUCUUUUGGCCAUAGCAUUUGUACCUCAAGAAAUGCAGAUCCUGCGUAUAGUUUUGACAACUCUGGGAGGAGGAUUUUCUUUUGUCUCUGUUUGCUGUGUUAUUGUGCAUUCAAAUGAGCUACUCCCCACCACAAUCAGGGCAACUGCUUUAGGAAUCAUUGGAAUUUCUGGAAGUAGUGGGGCAGCCCUGUCUCCUCUGUUUAUGAUACUCGUGACAUACUUUGACUCCUUACCCUGGAUCAUCUAUGGGGUCUUCCCCAUUAUUGGUAGCCUUUUUGUCCUUCUUCUUCCUGAGACCAAGAAUCAGCCUCUGCCUGACUCCAUACAAGAUGUGGAAAAUGAAGGGAGAAUCUCCAGACAAACAAAGCAGAAAGAUGCUUUCAUCAAAGUGACACAGUUUUAAGAAAGUUCAAGAACUGGAAUCUGAUCAAGAAACAAGAUAAGGAAACUAUCAUUCAGAUUUAUGAUGAUUCAGUAUCACUCUGAAUAUUGCAAACAUUUUCAGCAAAUACCAAUUAGAAAAUUUGCAUUAAAUUUAAAAUUGCCAUACUCAUCUGAUACAUAUCUUAGCCAAUAAAAAUGAAAGAAAACCAUAAGAGUAAAAUAAACCUUCAGAGAUAUUUUUAUGAUAACAGAUACCUGUGAAGUUUCCAGAUAGGAUGCAGAUGAACCUUCCUCCAAUUGUUGUGACAAAAUGCCUAGGAAAAUUAAAGAUGCAAGAUUUAUUGUGGAAUUAUCAUCAA